GAACAACCAAGGGACAACAGAGCCAAACGUAGCAGCAGCAGCGGGAAAGGAGAAGGAGGACAAAAGGAAGAAAAAGGAGGAGGUCGUCGUGCGAGUUCCUCGUCGUUAGUCUCAUCUUGGUAAUUCUUAAUUGUCAAAUUUGAGGUAAACAGGGGGACAAUGAACCUAGAGUCGACCC